UAGCGUUGGCACGGCGCGGUUUUCAAACGUCCCGGAAGUGAAGUGCUUAUUUUUGUAUUGACUGGGCUCAUUGUGGGCGGCUGACAGGUGACCGUCCGCCCGGCUGUGAGGAGAGCUGAGCACGGAGGGUGAGUUAUAGGGGCUGUAUAGAAGGAACAUAUCAAAAAUAUGACCUCCAAAAUUCUGACUAACAAGCUGGGCCUAAAAUCUCCUGUGCCAAAAAGUGACAACAAUGUGGAAAAGCUCAGGAAAGAAAAUGCUGCUUUGAAAAAGAAAUUGGAGGAAUCGUCCAAAUCAAAGAUGUCUGACGAAGAGAGGAGCAGAUUGUUGGAGAAAAUACUUGACCUUGAAACACAGAAGGUGAAAAACGGCCAGGAUCUUGAUAUUGUACGGAAUCGUAGCGAUGCACUGAAUGCCAAGAACAAAGGGCUGGUCCUACAGGCAAAUCAAGAAGCCAAAACCAUAGAGAACAUUUCCAGAGAGAUUCGCAAGCAGAUCCCAGAGGUUCCACCACGCAUAGGUCAGUCCAAGACCAGCGUGCCACAGCCUGGCCAGGACCCACACAAAGGGGCAACUCUGAGUAAUGUCCAGAUUCUGGACGCACAGCUGAAAGAUGCUCUAGAGAAGAACCAGCAGUGGUUGGCGUACGACAAGCAACGCGAAGCCUAUGUCCAGGGACUGAUGGCCCGAAUUUUCGAUCUGGAGCAGCAGGUGGCCAGCACAAAGCAAGACAAACAGCAGACCAAGGAGAUCAGCAGUGAUGAAGAUGAUAAACAGAAAUAUUAUGACCGGCUUCUUCUCGCUGCAAGAAAAGAUCUUGAUGGAGAACGUCAGAUAACAGAGCAGUUAAAUUCCGAACUCUCUGACAUGAGAAUAAAACUUGAAGACAAGAAGAGAGAGGUUGCAGAUUUGUCAAUCGCCUUGAAAUCCCUAACUGAGAGUGAACAGCAGCAGCGGGAUGAUGACCGCAGACAUCUAAGGGACAAGAUGCAGAGACUGAGGAGAGAACUGGAUGUUUAUCGUGAAAUGUAUGAAGAAGAAAAGAGGAAGAACUCUGAGCUCUCUUCUCAGAUUGAGAAGAUGCAGAACUCACUGUUGAGGCAGCAAGAGGACCAGCAGAAUGUGGCAGCUUUGGAGCAGCAGAUCCAGAGGUGCACCGCUGACUUGGAAAAUGAGAAAUUUGACAGGCAUAACGUUCAGCACCAACUGUAUAAAGUUCUAAAGGAACUGCGUAAGACCCAGGACCAGAUAACAAAGCUGGAGCCGGGGAAACGUGACUUUUAUUUUGUUGAUACAUCUAACAAUUUCGUAUCCGAGUUUGACAAACUGUCCACGAGAGAGAAAUACCCGUCUCCAAAACCCAAAAAUCUCCUUGAUGAAAGUUUUCUAGAGUGCCCACGAUGCCAAGCCAUGUACCCCACCAGCCAGCACCGCGAACUCCUUUCACACAUUGACAUUUGCACCAGCUGAGCAACCGACUGCUUUCCAUUGCUGUCAAAGGGGAUUGGUUGUGAUACACUCCUUCUUUUUUUUUUUUAUUAUUAUUCCUACGACGGUCAUUUUUUGUACUUGUGUUUUUAAUUUUUUUUAUGCCAAUGAACAAAGAAAGUCCACACAACAGAUUUGGCAAGUCACAUAAGGUGUAUACCUGCAUACAUUCUAGUGUGUGUUUAUUUGCUUACUCUUGACAUGUAAGUUAUUGAUCAGACUGUACAGGAAUCAGACUUUACACCUAUUCUUUUAUUUUUAUCUGUAAUGGAAUGGUAGGGUUUUCAAUCCAGUUACAAAUGCAUUUAAUAUCACGGUUGUAAACAUGGAUUAAAGAGCUGUAAAGUAUUAGCCAGCUAGAGGAAUUUCGGGGGGCUAGUAAAGUAUGUGUAAAACGCACUUCAAUUGCCCAUUUCACUGCACUGCCAGCUUUGGGUUUCGGCUGUAAAACACGCCAGGAAUAUCAAGAAGUGGAGUUGACAUUCCAGCAGAGCAGCUGCUGAGAUAACUUUAAUUUACUGCAUGAACUGACUGUAGAUGUGGCAGCCAUGUGCAUUGCAGUCCACUGGUGCCCAUAGUCAUGAGAGUCGUUGGUCAAACUGGCUGACCGUUAUCUCGUGUCGAUCAUUUCUUGUUCAGUCUGUGCAAAAGGAUAUCCUUGUACGGAAAGGACUGGUAAGGCCUCUUGCACACUGCUGCCUGAAAAUGCUCAGUUUUUAGGCAUACAGCAUUUUUUUUUUUUUUUCUAAUUUAAAAUGCAGCCUAUUGUUUUCCUUGUGCCUGUGCACACAGGCCUUUUAAACUUGCUCUGUGUAUUGAUCAGAAAAAAAUAAAUAGUAACGGAAAUCUGA